AGAAUAAUGUCACUUGAGAGAUGCGGAAGUGACGUCAGCAUCAAACUGACUUCCCAGCUUGACUGAAACUUUGUUUUCUGAAACUUGUCUGCAUUUUACCUGCUCUGUCUAUUUGCGUUUUUUAUUCGAGCUUUGAAUUGUCAGAUUUAUGUAAGGAGAGUUUUGAAAAAGUUUGUGUUUUAAGUUGAUCCCAGGAGCCGGUGUCGGUCGGUACCUUUAGUUAACUGUUACGCCUGGUCUCCCUGAGACCUUACCUGUCUGUAAAAACAUGGUUCGGGUCGGUUCUGACCUCAGGUCCAGCGGUGUUGCGGGAGGCGACGGGCUAUGUGCUCGCCGCUAAUCCAUCCAUGCUCGUGUCAGAAAGCCGGCUCCUCUCCUCCUCCGCUCCCCCCUCCAUGGCUCAUUGCUCAGAGGACCGUAUCCCGCCGCCGCACGUCGGCGUGGACCAGAGCAUGAAGCCGGUCCUGUUCGAGAUCUUUGGGGAGAUGUGGACCGUGCAGUCGCGUAUCGGACAGGGGGUGUCCGCCUCGGUGUACCGAGUCAGCUCCGGUAGAGCCGCCACCGCCGCUGUGAAGGAGUUCCAAGCCGAUACUCAGGCUGGAGACUACGGGUACCACAAGGAGAGGUCGGUGCUGGAGCACAUCCAGGGACACAAGAACAUCGUGACAUUGUACGGCGUGUUCACCAACCACAGCUGCUUGGGCAUCUCCACCCACUGCCUUCUGCUGGAGCUGCUGGACGUCAGCGUGUCUGAGCUGCUGGUGAGGCGCAGCAGUGCCGUCCAGCCUGGGAGGCUUCAGGAGGGACACUCCAUGUGGCUCAUCCAGCACUGUGCCAGAGACAUCCUGGAGGCCCUGGCCUUCCUUCACGGGGAGGGCUACGUCCAUGCUGACCUCAAACCUCGCAACAUCCUGUGGAGUGCAGACGACGAGUGCUUCAAGCUCAUCGACUUCGGCCUCAGUUUCAAACAGGGAAACCAGGACGUUAAAUACAUCCAGACAGACGGCUACCGCGCUCCAGAGGCGGAGCUGCAGAACAGCCUGGCCCAGGCGGGGGUGGAGGCCGACUCGGGCUGCACGGCUGCAGUGGACCUGUGGAGCCUGGGCGUCAUCCUGCUGGAGAUGUUCUCAGGGAAAAAGCUUAAAGACACCGUCCGCUCGCAGGAGUGGAAGGACAGCAGUGCUGCGGUUGUAGACCAGAUCUUUACCAGCAAAAGCCUCCUAUGUCCUGCCAUCCCAGUGUAUCACCUGAGAGACCUGAUCAAGAGCAUGCUUCGGCACGACCCCAAACUGAGAGGCGCAGCUGGCACCGCCCUGCUCAGCCCGUUCUUCAGUAUUCCUUUUGCGCCUCACAUUGAGGACCUGGUUCUUCUGCCCUCUCCUGUUCUUCGUCUUCUUAACCUGAUCGACGACAGCCAUCUGCACAAUGAGGAAGAAUAUGAAGACAUCAUGGAGGACAUGAAAGAGGAGUGUCAAAAGUAUGGCUCUGUGGUUUCCCUUCUGAUCCCCAAAGAGAACCCCGGGAAAGGACAGGUGUUUGUGGAGUACGCCAACUCCAGCGACUCCAAAGAGGCUCAGCGCCUGCUGACGGGCCGGACCUUUGACGGGAAGUUUGUGGUGGCCACCUUCUACCCUCUGAGCGCCUACAAAAGAGGUUACUUCUACCAGACGGUGCAGUGAGGUCCUGCCGCUGCUCCCUAUGAGGAAGACGUGUUUCCCUCUGGGGGUUCAGCAUCCUUCAUCGUCUUCCUCACCUGCGUUUAAACACUGGUAUUUUCAACAGCAGAGCAUUACCUCCUACUGCGAGGGCUGUGCAUAUCAGUGCACAUCCAUCCAUUGUGUUGAGGUGAAUGCAUGGAACUCCAUUUAUGAAUUGAUGUAAGCUCUUGACGUGGAGGGAAGAGGGUUUCUUUGCCUUGUUGCUGUAAACGGAUUAUUUCCUGUAUUCAGCGCUGUGUCAUGUCCUCUAAUUAUUGAUCUAAUAAUGAGCAUUUGAUGCUCCUGGCAUGUUUGCAUUGAAACGAUCUGCAUUUUGAGGCAUGUUACCUGCUGCUGACAUCAGCUGCCUGCUGGGGUUUCCUCCUUCAGUGAGUUGGUUUUCAGACUCCUCUUCUGCAGCUCUGUUUUCUAAGCCGACUUGACCUGUGAAGCAGUUCUGCCGGUUUUUUAAAAUUUGUUUUGUUUUUUCCACGCUGUGCUUCCAUCCGUGAGGCUCGGCAGCAUUAAAGCCGAGUUCACACUGA